GUCUGUGCACAGCUGUUGAGGUCGUGAUGUCCCAUACACAAGCAUUGGCGGUGCCAAGAAGGACUGGGCAAGGAUCCGAUGAGCGUUCAGGUGACGCAGGCUGUAGAAUUGAUUCUUGAUCUCCAGAAUUCUUCCCUUUAGAGCAAUCAUCGGGAAGGAGCGCUUCCCAUUCUGACUGUCUGGGUCUGGACAAUAGAAGAAGCGAUCAAGCCAGUCACCAGACUAGAGCAGACCUUUCAAUCUCGCCGAUGCAGCUUCAGCACCACAGGUCUGCUGAACAGCUCCUCAUUGACCUCAGGGGCUAGUCCUCUUCCACUCACAUUCUCAGACACAGGGUGCUCCGUCCACUCACUCCCCUCCGUGCAAAUCAAAUCCCCUUCACGACGAGGCACCGAUCAUCCCUGGUGCGAUUAGAGGGGCUGGCUGCAAAAAUCCCUUUGUUUUAGAGCAUCUGGAGAAUACACAAAAAAAGGAUUGCUCAAAGACACUCAUCACUGUGACAAAUGGGUCUUAAAGUGCUUUCUGUCUUGGCUGCUCUGCUUGGGGUAAUGUACCAUGUGCAGGGGUUCCCAAUGCCCACCGAUCAUCAAGACAAAGCUGUGCACAACAGAGAAUUAAGUGAAGAAAGACCUUUGGAAGAACAGAUUGCAGAGGCACACACCGUAAGCAGAGCAUCAAGCAAAGAACCCACAGAGGCUUUAAAAAAUGACUCCUUGGUGGAUGAUUUAAACUUUUUGAUGUCUGUAGCGGGGAAAGAUAAAAAUGUAAAAAGAAGCGUUUCUACAAGAAACUCACUGAGUGAUCGCAAGGUUUCACAAGAUGAUGCUGAUUCAACAAAGAACCUGAAGCCAGUGGAGUAUUUUGACUCCACGAAAAGUGGACUGGAUUAUAAGUUUGAAGAUGACCCUGAUGGCCUUCACCAAUUAGAUGGGACACCUUUAACAGCAGAUGACAUUGUUCAGAAGAUUGCUACAAGAAUUUAUGAGGAGAAUGACAGAGGAGUCUUUGAUAAGAUAGUCUCCAAACUGCUAAACUUGGGUCUGAUUACUGAAAGCCAGGCGUACACAUUAGAAGAUGAAGUGGCAGAAGUUUUACAACAACUAAUUGCUAAUGAGGCUAAAAAUCAUGAAAAGGAAUCGGAAGGUCUGGAUUAUGCAGCAGGCAGAGGAGACGUCGGUGCAGAUGAAAAACAGGAGGGAAUAAUGGAAUCACCUGAUGACGAUGAGGAACUGUCUGAAGGAAAUAAAAGCGAAGGAGAUGUUCUCCAUACAACUACUUUGGAAAGAAGGAAUGAAUUGUCCCCUGAAGAAAAUUUCGAAGAUCUGCAAUACUUCCCAAAUUUCUACCGCCUUAUAAAAAGCUUGAAUUCAGAAAACGAUGCUAAAGAAAAGGAAACAUUAAUAACAAUAAUGAAAACGCUUAUUGACUUUGUGAAAAUGAUGGUUAAAUAUGGAACUAUCACCCCUGAGGAAGGCGUCAGCUAUUUGGAAAACCUGGAUACCAUGAUAGCCGUACAGACCAAGAAUAAACUUGGCAAAAACUCAGUGUUGUCAAAAAACACAUUAACAGCUGACAAAGCCAGCGAUGACUCUGAUAGCACCAAAGAAGAGGCCGCUAGAAUGGAAAAGGGUUAUGAAACUUUAAAGGACUCCACGAAAUUCGAGGACCCAAAAGAAAGCGUGGAAAAUAAGAAACCACAAGGGAAUGCUGAUGCAUAUUUAGAAGCAAUCAGAAAGAAUAUUGAGUGGCUGAAGACACACAACAAACAGGGAAGCAAAGAAGAAUAUGAUCUUUCAAAGCUGAAGGACUUCAUCAACCAUCAGGCAGAUGCCUACGUAGAAAAAGGAAUCAUGGACAAAGAAGAAGCUGACGUGAUCAAACGGAUCUACGGCAGCUUGUAAAAAAGCCAUGAAAGGCAACUCCUUGCUACUGUGGGAAAUAUACUGUAGAUUUAGAAAUGUCCACCGUUUUCCAAAACCAACUCUUUCCAAAGUAUCAUUUGAGAAUAAUCUCUCCCCAUGGACUUAAUCUAAUCCAUAGGUUUAAAGGACCAACUGUAGACACCUGUAUGUAGCCAUGCUGCCCCAUGCCCUUGUAACAUGGACUUAGUAGUAAGUAGAGGAAGGCUCCAAUUCAAAAACUGCAUUUUUUUCCCCAAGGAGGUCACCCUAUGAUGCCUUUUACCCGUUUCUGACAUUCCUCAGUAUUUUUGUUUCCAUCUAUUAAGUGUGAACAGGUAAAAAAAAAACGGCAGCUUUUUACUUUUCUACCUGAAAACCAAAUGGAAUAAUAUUGAGCUUAAAAGAAAUCCCUAGUUCUUUGUAAACUGUGAGAAUAAAGUGUUUGAUAAGAGCAA